AUUCAUCGCCAGGGAUGUCACCAGGGAUUAUAGCAGCAAUUGCGGUCGGCAUUGUUUGUCUUGUGCUGCUAGUUUUCCUGGUCGGUUUCUUUGUGUGGCGACGCCAGCAGCGCAAGGAGCAUCAUCAUCCCGAGACUGCAGCGGUGCAAUAGGCAUUGAAGCCCCAGCAGCAGCACGUGGGCCGGUGGUGUGUCGGGAGCUGCCGUACUGGGAGGUCGUGGAGGCAACGAACGAGUGGUCGGCAGGCAACCUGAUCGGGCGAGGGGGCUACGGUGACGUGUACAGGGGAGUGGCACCGUCGGAUGGCACCGUGUGGGCUGUGAAGCGCGCCCGCGUCAUCACCAAGGACUUCCGCCGAGAGGUGGAGCAGAUGGCAUCGAAGCACCACCCGCACCUGGUGCGGCUGCUGGGGUACUGUGUGCACAUGGAUGCGCGCACGGAGCAGCACGAGCAGAUCGUCGUCUACGAGUUCAUGCCCGGCGGUGACCUGCAAUCCUGCAUGCCCGCCCACCCCGCCGACGCGCCUGAGAAAG